AUGGGGUUUGUGACCACAAAAGGUACUGAAUUUUACCGAGAUGGUAAAGUAUAUCUUAUCAAGAGUGCCAACUAUUGGCAAGGUAUGAAUUUGGGUGCUACAAAAGAAUAUGGUGGUGAUCGUGAACGUCUUGUGAAAGAACUUGAUCAAAUGAAAGCCAUGGGUGUCAACAAUCUGCGUGUCAUGGCUAGUUCUGAAGGACCGGAUGAUCAACCUUUUCGUAUGCGACCUAGUAUGCAACCUGCUCCUGGUCAAUACAAUGAACAUAUAUUUGAGGGAUUGGAUUAUUUGUUGCAUGAAAUGGGCAAAAGAGACAUGACUGCCGUGAUGACCUUGAAUAACUUUUGGCAUUGGAGUGGAGGUUUUGGACAAUAUAUUGCUUGGAUUACCAAUGAAACAAUCCCUUAUCCUUCUGAGGGUGAUUGGGAUACAUUUACAAAUUUUGGUAGACGUUUUUAUACGGAUGCUUCUGUUAGUGAUAAGGCCAACCGACUCUACAGAGAUCAUAUUCGCUGGCAAUUAGCGAAUGAACCUCAAUUGGGUACACCUGUGUGGUUUGAAGAGACAGCCAAAUUUAUCAAACAAGGUGCUUCUCAUCAACUUGUGUCUGCUGGUAUUGAAAGCAAGGUUAAUGUCACUGAUUUCAACAAUGCCCAUCGUCCUCGUUAUGUUGAUUAUUGUACUUGUCAUUGUUGGGUUGAAAACUGGGGAGAAUACAAUGCAAGUGAUCCCAGCAAAGCCAGCUUAGAAAAUGCUAAAAAGUUUGCCACUAACUUUAUCAAGACCCGUGGAGAAUGGGCUACCAGUGUCAAGAAACCUAUCAUCAUGGAAGAAUUUGGUAUGGCUCGUGAUGCUUGGCGCAAACCCUCUGAUCUAGACUACAAGUACUUGCCUUCAACACCCACAAGUCAUAAGGAUGAGUAUUAUGCUACUGUCUUUCGUCAGAUUGAACAGACACCUAUCUUUGCUGGUGAUGGGUUCUGGGCUUAUGGUGGUCUUGGUCGAUCUACUGAUCAACCCAAUGCGUUCAAUAUGACAUGGUUGGGAGACCCACCACACGAACCUAAAGGCUGGUAUAGUGUCUAUAAUAAUGACACCACUGUCGCUGUCAUUAAAGCACAUUUCGAACGAUUGGAUCAUAAAAUCUAA